AAAAAAACGUUUCGGAAAUUUCAGAAAAGUAGCUUUGACUGACAGCUCUCAGCUGAGAAAAAUAUUAUAUUCUUGUGAAAAACUGUGAAAAUUCGCCUUUUCAGUGUGAUUUUCUCACAAUGGCAAGUCUCCUGAGGACAAUCUCUCGUCAGAGUCCCACUCUAUGGAUUCGACAGAUUUCCUCGAGCUCCGUCAGCCGUUCUGAUGAUAUUUCCAAAGCUGUGAAGCAGAAGGAAGCCCCAAUUGUCGAUGCCAAGUGGACUGUGACGAAUCCCGAGGAACAAGUUCAAAAAACCAAACUCGCAGGGGUCAUUGAAGUGCCAGCUGCUGUGGAUGUCAGUCCCAUUACCGGAGUUCCAGAGGAGCACGUGAAAACCCGCCGUGUCAGAAUCUACGUUCCCUCGAAGAAUGCCAUGCAGAGUGGCACAAAUAAUACUCACAAUUGGGAAAUUGAGUUCGACAACCGCGAGAGAUGGGAGAAUCCUCUUAUGGGAUGGGCUUCAACGGGCGAUCCUCUGUCCAACAUGAAGCUGCAAUUCAAUUCGAAGGAAGAAGCAAUUGAGCACUGCGAAAAGAAUGGAUUGCGCUGGUUCCUGGAUGGAGAUGAGCGCGUCAAGCCCAAGAGAGUCAAGAACUAUGGAAGCAAUUUCUCCUGGAAUAGGCGUACGAGAGUGUCCACCAAGUAAAUUGACGGAUGGAUGAUGUAAAAAUUUCAUCAAUAGCUUACUGUUUAAAUAAAUUCAUUUGAAAAUA